AUGGCCGCCCUCGACACGUCUAGGCAUUUCAGGUUAACCCGGAAAUUCCUGAAGCUCCUGACAUCAGUCAAUGUAUGGAACAAAUGGUCCCAGGACGACUCCAAAGACGCAACUGCCGAAGCAAAAUUGGAGCACCACCUUUUCCAAGCAUACAAUUUGAGAGCUCGUUCUCCCACUGAACAAGCUCAAAUGGUGUUGCAGCUCUCGUUGCAGAUGUCAAUUCGACAGUGCGUAUUUGGAGAAGAGAACCGAGUCAACACUCUACGGCUGGACCAUUCCACCGAAGACAUGGACGAGCAAGUGUUUUGCUUCCGCUAUUCUUCUUCCAACAAAAUGGGAUUCGCUCUCUACACCUUCGACGAGCCCGAAAGAUCUCGUCUUGCUCUCAGAGAUCUCUACCGCGCUCAACAAAAAAGCAAGUUCAUCUGCACCGAAGACGUCCUCGCGCACGUCGAGGUGUCCUGCGUCAAUGUUACAGGCCUUCUCCAUCUGCCAUUGGUCACCGGUUUGGUUUUUCGGACCGAUAAGAAGCCCGCCAAAGCAUACACUUCAUACCAAAGGCCCAUUGAGCAUGCUGACGAGGUACGAACUGUUGGUGACAACGGUUCGUACUCGACCCAGGACCUCCUUGCCGUCGAAAAUGGCAGUCAGUCACUCGAUUGCCAAGAAGGUGGCCACGAAUACGAACCGGAACGCGCUUCCAUGCUGCUCACCGACGCCCAAAGACGGGGAGCCGCCAUGGAUGACACCGCUGGCGGCAAAGGAAAGCGCGUUGAAUAUUACGAUACUACUCCAACCUCUGAAGGCGAAGAAUAUCUCAGCUCUGGCGACGAUACGUUAGCGGCCAGCAGCGGCAUGGGUAGUUCGACCCAUAGUUUCUUCAGCGGGGAAACGCAUGCUACUGGCAUAGUCAAUACCACCAAGGAGGACGACGCGGAGAACAAAUACGAGAUUUACGACAGCGAUGACCACGGGGAAGACGACGUCUACUACGGGGUCCCUACUGGUGGGGAUUCGUACCACGACGACGACGACGACAAUGAAAACAGCGAGGUUGACGAGGGUAACGAAGGUACCUGGAACGAAGGUCAGGAAGGUAGCGAAAUUGAACAAGACGUGCAAGAGAUCACCGGGAUCGAUGAGUUUGGAGUAGUGAAGCGGCGACAAAAUGGGCCACGCUUUGGCUACGACAACCGCACCACCAUCCGUGCACGUCCCGUCCCAUCCGGGGGGGCUGGGGGUCUAAAGCGUGCACCUUCCAAGAAGGUACUCCGCGCCUUUCGAGCUAUGUUGGGCAUCAAAGCAGUAGCUUGA